AUGCUUGACAGCAUUGCUCAGCUUAAGAAUGAGCAACAAAAACGCGACCAGGAAUCAAACGAGAGAUCCGCUACUCUACUCCGAAUGAAAGUACAGGAGACGUUCUACAGCGCAUGUGAUUGUCUCGAUUCUGAGGAGAGCGAUUGUUCUGAAAAGGGAACCCAGACCCCUCGAAAGAAACAAAAGACUUGUUGUGACAAAGAAGAAGGGAAGUGUUACUGUUCAUCCAAUCAGGGAGGGGGAAGGGGAGGAGGGGGUGAUUUAGGUACUAUUACUUUGAGGAUUUGCAACGAGUGUGAUGGCGCCGGUGAUCACAAUUCGAACUCGAACAACAAUAACCAACUGGCUCUUCCAGGAGGAUGUAAUUGUAAAGGAGACCACAGUAACUCUCAAGCGCCUGGACAGUGCUUCUGCUCGACAAACGUGCCGCCGGACCAGCAAAGUUCACAACAGUCCAAAUGCUUCUGCAACUCAAACACUCAAAACUCAAACAACUUCCAUCCUUCGCAAUCGCAUCAAGACCCAGGUCCACGUCACAGCAACCAGAACUCUAUGCAAGUCAGUUACAUGACAAGCAACUAUCAGUCAAAUCCUCAGGCGCAGACUGACAGUCAAAUAGUAGCCAGAAACAGCUCUUAUUACAAUGAUGGCAAUGACAUGAGAUCCUCGAUGCCCAGAUACUUGUCCACACAAAACAGCAUCAAUAACAAUAACAACAAUGAAGGAUACAUGUCGGUCUAUACUCAUCAGCAAGGAUCCGGAGAACCCCUUCUGAUCGCGAGCUUCCGAAAAAUGAAAAAACAAAAACAGCCCGGACAACGCAGGAAGAAACAAUUCAGACGUCCAAGAAAUCAAAUCCAGGAAGCUCCUCAGAUAAACUUGAACGAUGUUCCGCUUUGUAGAUGUAGCACACCCGAGAACGCAAAUGGAUCGCAACCUGAUUCCAGAUUAGAUAACCGGCGACGUCGACGAAGUUCCAGUAUGGUUCCACAAGGCUAUCAAAACAACCCUUCAGUCGAUACUAAAACCGUGAAAUUGUGCUGUUGUCAAGGUAAGACUGAACAAAUAACCAAAGAAAUCAUCUACAUGAUGUUCAAAGAGAACCAAAAACCGAUUAAAAAAGGCAAGCGUAACAACGAUUGCGACUGCGACGAAUGUUCGGACGAAAGGCAAAAUAGCAGAAAAACAGAAAGCAAAAGAAAUACAUGUACAAAAGAAGAUGUUCAACAAAUGAUACUUCAAUCAGAAAACAUGAUGCUGAGGCAGUGUUUGAUGCAUCAGUCAAUGCUUAUGGCUCAAAGCAACAGCAGAAGAAAGCAUCGUAGCAGCAACCGAACACAAAAUGACAACGCGAACCAAACUACGGGAUCACAAUCUGGUGCAAAUGCUAACCAAUUUUCACAGAAUGCACUGACAUAUCCGUAUUCAAACGAAAAUGGAAACUUUCCUCAACAUAGGAGCAUAUUUGACGGUAUUGAUAGGUUCAAUUUCAAUAACCGCUACCAAGGAUUCAGUCAGAACCUCAACAAUAAUAACAACAUGUAUAGUCAACGUCAAAAUGAUUACAGCAAUCACAAUGGUCAAAACCUGGAGCAGGUCGGGAAAUGCUAUUGUACUCCUGCAACCGAUCCAAACGAUCAAACUAUGGCCUCAAACAACCCUAAUGAACAAAACACUGGUGUUUGUCAUUGCCAACGAAACAGUGAGCCAAAACCAGAACCUUUUCAGCAACGAAUUCAGCCUACAGUUGCUCAUGCAUCAGCUGGCAAUUGUUACUGCAAGGCUGUGAGUUGCAAAUGUGAUGACGCUGCUUCUGACAUUGACAGAGAAAUAGAAUUCAACACAGGACCUCAAACAAGCAACAAGAAGUUCCAAACUGUCACUGAAUCCCGCUCGAUAGGCUGCGAGUGUAAAAAUGACAAGCGAGUUCAGAAGAAUUCCCGCAACUGUUGCUGCAAAACUAACACAAACAAAAUGGCAGGUGAAAAUGAAGAGACUUCUGAAUUUUCAACGGACGAUGACUCAUCAAGUGAAGAUGUGCCAUGUCAUUGUAAUGAUUCUUCUCAGUCGCAGAGCCGCUCGCGUUGUUUCAACCAAUACGAAUGUCCAAGUCCAUGUAAUGUACCUUUCACUAGACGGCCAAUAAUGGGAGAGUCGCUUUACAUGGACGAAAGUCUCCCCCCUCUUCAUCCAUUCUGGGGUCCAACAUGUUCAUUGCCACCAGGGGGCCCUAGGCCUUGUCAAUCAAUCCGAGAUUACUACACCAUGCAGUGUGGUCAGAAUGAUGGGUGCACUGCCGCCGGACCAUGGGUUUCCCAGAAUAUGUGCAACUGUGGCUGUCUAGGAGGAAAAAAGACGUCAAAGAAAAAGAGUAAAGGAUCAUCGAAGUCGUCCGGGACGAAAAGCUCCAAGAGCUCAUCUACGAAAUCAUCUACAAAACGAUCAUCCACAAAAUCAUCUACGGUUCCGACAAACAUUUCGGAUCCCGUGUCAGAACCAUUCAGCGAAGAAGUAGAUGAGGAAGAUGAUGACAAGCUUCAAAAACCAUAG